AUGGAUUUUGAAAUGGAUUUUGAGACUCGGCAAUCGGUCAACAAGGCGCUGACCAAUCUUACAAUGAACUUGGAAUGGCUCAACCGUCUUCCUCUGGCAUGCAACACCACCGCCGACCAAACCGCAAACUGGAGAUUUUGGUAUUGGGCUAACAGCAACGGCCCAAUCGACUUUGGAAGAUGCGUGUUCGAAUGUCCAUCAUACGAGGCGUUUUGGAUCAUCCUCAUCAUCGUCACCAUUAACGCCGCCUUUUGCGACUCUCAGCUGAACGGGUUCAAAAAGUCCAACCAAGAACUUCCCGCCAACACUGCGAAUUCACCUCUCACCACAUUCAACUCGGACGCUCUACCCAAGCGACAUGGACCCUGUUGGAUGCAACGACACCUGAAGUCCCGGCCCUGGAUUGUUGUCGUCACCAAUCUCUGCUUUCUGAUGGCUAUUUUGGUCAUGCUUGAGGGCUUCGCAGUCUUGCUCACAGCCUGGCGCUUCAGUAUUUUCUUUCUCCAGCUCACCUUUCCGGCCUGGGAACCUCGGGCUCUGGCGUUUUUGGCUUACUCUCCAGUGUGGAUCAUCAUCCUCCUGCCCUGGGCUGGCGUUUUGUGUACGGGCCACUUUCUUCUCAAGGUUCAGUUUAACCUUAUGAGCGAAUUGAUCAACCUUUACUGUGAGAACCCGAAAAAGACAGUCAAGAACGAGGAUGUGGAGCUUGGGGACUUGGUCGAUGGGGAGGAGGAUGAUACAUGCCCUCCGGUUUAUGAGGGGUGGCAGCAGACUGAACUACGCGCGGUUUGA